AUGACUUUCAAAGCAGCCUUGUCCCACGCGGAGGCUGGCAGUCCAGAAAUGGCCACCUGUUACGCCAAUCGCUCUGCAGCCCUUUUCCAUCUUGGUCAGUUUGAGGUCUGCCUGGAGGACAUCGGACGGGCGCAGCUGAUGGGGAGCUGCCCAGAGAAGCUGCUGCCGAAGAUCCAGCUGCGCAGGGCCGAGUGCCUGCUGUCUUUGGGCCGGCUGCAGGAAGCGGCAGACACCCUGCGCCGCGUGCAGGAGAGCCUCUCUGCGCAGCAGAGGCCGGAGGCCGCCCGUCACCGGGUGCUGCUGGGCCGGCUGGAAAAGCUGCGGGACGGAGGUGGUGAGGAGAGCGGGGCCUUCCGUCGCCCGCCUGCUGCGCCCAGCCAGGCUGCAACGGACCCGGAGCCCUGGGAGGAGAGCAGCCGCGUCUCUGGCGCCUCGGUGGCCGUCAGCUUGCGUUUUUCCGGCUGCAAAGGGCGCCAUUUAGUUGCCGCUGAGGAUCUUCCUCCUGGGAAGCUCUUAGUGAAGGAAGCGGCGUUCGCCAGCGUCCUGUGUCCCGGGGAGAGCCUCCUGCUGGAAGGGACCGCCCAGGCCCUACAGGACGGGCGGCUGGCCAACCCCGACCUCCACUGCCACCACUGCCUGCGCCCGCUGCUGGCCUCCGUGCCCUGCCGAGGGUGCAGCUACAGCAGGUACUGCGGCCCUGGCUGUGCCCAGCUGGCGUGGAGCAGCUACCACUGGGCAGAAUGCGCCCUCGGAGGGCUGCUGCUGGCGCUGGGCGUCUUCUGCCACGUGGCCCUCCGGACCGUGCUGGUGGCUGGCUUCGCGCAAGUGAAGGCCUUGGUCACCCAGCCGCAGGAGGGAGACGCCCCCGUCGCUGGGGCGGCUGCAGAGCAGGGCGCCCGGCCCAUUCCUGGCUGUGAGGCCGACGGACGGUACAGCGGCUCCUACCGGGCCAUCUUCAGCCUUCUGCCUCACACGGAUCGGCACAGCCCCGGCCUCAGGUUCCUCUGCGGCCUGAGCGUUGCUGCCUUAUGCAAGGCCCUGGAGGAGGACGCUGGCCUGGACGCCUGGAUCGCAAAGGGGGCCGAGGAGAAGGAGGAAGCGGACGCCCCAGCUGGGCUGGAAGUCUUGGGGGAGGCCAUGCUGCGUCACGUGCUGCAGCUGCAGUGCAACGGCCAGGCUGUGACCGCCCUGCGCCCCUCGGGGCCCGAAGACGGGCUGGUGGCCGGCAGUGGGCAGGUGCGCCUGGCCACGGGUCUCUUCCCGGCCCUCAGCCUGCUGAACCACUCCUGCGACCCCAACACCAGCGUGGCUUUCACCGGCCGCACGGCGGAGGUCAGAGCCCUGCGCCCGAUUCCUCGCGGGCAGGAGCUCCUCCACUGCUACGGGCCCCACAGGUGCCGAAUGGGGGCUGCUGAGCGGCGCAGGCGGCUUCUGGCUCAGUACUUCUUUGAGUGCCGCUGUCAGGCCUGCCUGGAGGAGCUGCAGCCCAGGGACGCCCCCGAGGCCGGCCUCUUCUGCUGCCCAGCCUGCCAGAGCCCCAUGCAGGGGAGAGGCACCCUCCGCUGCUCAGGUGAGGCCUGCAGCCACCUGGCCCCCGAGGAGGACUUCCACCGCCGGCUGCUUCGUCUUCGGCACUCGACCCAGUCAGCCUCGGAGCUCCUGGAGCACGGCAAGCCAGGUCCGGCCCUGGAGCUGCUGCAGACGUGCCAGCUGGACGCCCAGCGCUUCCUGUCUCCAGCGCACCUGCGGAUGGGCGAGAUCGAGGACCUCCUAGCCCAGGUGUAUGCAGCCACAGGGAGGUGGCAGGAAGCGGCCGGGCACCUGCGCAGGAGCCUCCGGGCCGUGGAGGCCCACUUCGGUCCUGCCAGCGUCGAAGCCGGCCAGGAAGUCUUCAAGCUGGCCCAGCUCCUCUUCAACGGGCGCUUGGUCUCCGAAGCCCUGCAGGCCGUGCAGAGGGCCGAGGCGGUUUUGUGGGUGCACCUGGGCCCAGAGAGCGGCCAGCUGCAGGAGCUGAGAGAGAUGAGGGUCUGCCUGGAGGAGGAGCUGCUCCGAACCGCACCCGCAGCGGCAGCCCAGCUGCUGUGA